GUCCGUGCGCUUGUGUUUGUCCUCCGCUGCUGUAGGAGGCGCUGCUGUUUGACGUUCAUGAUAAUCAGGAGCGAGUUCCGGUGAAUAUCAAAUUUCUGCUUGUGUUCCUGCUCACCGAUGAAUUUCGUUGAUAAUUUACACAAAUGGACGAGUAGGAUGGAUCUGGACUUCGGGAACAAACUGCCCCAGGCUCUGUCGACAAACACUAAACUGCCCCAGUCUCUCUCCUCUAGCGCUAAAUUUCUGCCCUCAGGCCCGUUUGAGCACUACGGGCGGCCUGUGGGAGUCAAAGUCAAAGAGGAAGACGAGAGUGUGGAAGAUUUCUUUCAUUUCGCUCAGCAUCUGCAGCAGCAGACAGGAGAGUGUCUCACGGCUUGUUGCGGCGGCGCGAACCCUAAAAGCCUGUCUCUCACGGAUUCACCCAAGCCGAACAAUCGGCCCUCUGCGGACCGGCCAUACCACUGCCAGGACUGCGGAAAGUACUUCAGAAUUAACGACAUCAAGAGGCAUCAGAGAAUACACAGCGGAGAGCGGCCGUUCCCUUGCUUCCAGUGCGGUAAGAAUUUCCCUACAUCCGGGGACCUGAAGAGGCACGAGAGAAUCCACACAGGAGAGCGGCCCUACCACUGUCUGCAGUGCGGCAAGAAUUUCUCUGAUUCAGGACACCUUAAGCAGCACGAAAGGAUGCACACGGGCGAGAGGCCGUACCAGUGUUCGCAGUGCGCCAAGCGCUUCUACAGAUCGGGAGACCUUAAACGCCACCUGAGGAUCCACAGCGGCGAGCGGCCGUACAAAUGCCUCCAGUGUGGCAAAACAUUCUCGGAUUCCGGACACUUGAGGGGCCACCAGCGCAUUCACACAGGAGAGAGACCCCACCGGUGCACCCUGUGUGAGAAGAGCUUCUUCAGAUCGGGCGACCUGAAGCGCCAUCACAGAACCCACACGGGCGAGAGGCCCUACCAGUGCUUCCAGUGCGGGAAGAGCUUUUCCGAGUCAGGACACCUGAAGGAACACCGGAGGAUCCACACCGGAGAGAAGCCGUACCACUGCAACCAAUGCGACAAGAGCUUUUCCAGGCUGGAGCGGCUGAAGGGUCACCAGAGCAUCCACACGGGCGAGAGGCCGUUCCACUGCACGCAGUGCGGCAAGAAUUUCUUUCGCUCUGGAGAGCUGAAGCGGCAUCAGAGGAUUCACAAUGGGGAACGAGCAUGAGCUGGUGUUCUGGAGGGCAGUUCGAGUUCGCUCUGUGCUGCAGACGUGUCCUGAUUCAUGUGCCUCUUCAUUGAAGAGGGGUGUGUAUGUGAAGGCGAAUGGAAGGCCGUUCACGUUACUCUACUGUACCUGUAAUACUGUAGAGGACUGAUUCUCACUGACUUUUCCUCUAUUUCCCCAUUAGAAAUCAGCAUAUGCUGUACUCUAGCAUCGUUAUAAAUAAAUGCACCAGUUGUUCAUUGCCGUAGACCGUUAUGAACUGCUACCUCUGCACACCUUUAGCCCCAGAUUUCACCCUCCGUUCCUGUCAGACUCAGCGUGGAGCUGAUCAUGUGAUCAGGUCAUUCAUCACACUGUCUGUAUGUUGUUGCAAGAUAUAUAGUCAAGUGACUCAUUAGAAAUGUAUAUUGUACAGGAGGAUAUUAUUGUUGUGUAUGGUUACAUUCCCUGUAUUUAAUGAAUCCCACUCAAAUUGUUUUUUUUUUUUUUUUUAAAUAUAAACCUGAAUACUGUUUUAUUGUCAUAGUGCAGAAGCUGUCAACAUGAGGUGAUGCCACUGCAACAUUUCUGAAUCUCAUUUUGAUGUGAUCAUAUGGUUUGUAUCAGUCUCUUAAUGGUGGCCGUGUUUUACCAGCUGCUGUAAAUGAGUUAUUGUUUGUUAACUAAAACACUUUGUCACACCUAUCAUGAAAUAAGUUACAAAGUAUAGAUGUGAUCUGACUAAUUCGAUUUUGAGCACCAGGUGAGUUGUAUAGCAAUCUGAGCUUCUCAUAAAUCACAUUAGAUUUAGCUUUUAAGUUUUUUGUUUGUUUGUUUGUUUUGAGCUCUUUACAUUUAUUGUUUUGAAAAGUCUAAUUUUUACUUUCUCUAUAUAUGUGUGUAUUUAACCAUUUGUAGCCUGUGUGUUAAGUUUGAAAGGCUUUAAUGCGAUCAGAAAGGCUUUUACAAUAAGAGGGUUUGAAUUAUAACUUUUGCUUCUUCAUGUGCAUGAAUGUUUUCUUCAUAAUGUGUGUCAUCGUCUCUUAAUAAACACGUCACCUGUA